AUGGACACUAGCGUCCCGUUGGAGACGUCGGCCAUCAUGGUUGUCGGGUCGCGCCUGACGUGCGUUGCGCAGAGCGAGCGCGGUGACGACGCGCAUGGCCUGCUGGACACUGCGCACUUGCGGGCAGCGGGCGGGCAACCGGGAUGGAUGAAGCGCGGAAUGAGCGACCGCGCGAUCGACGUCAAAGUCGCUUCAGCGCCAGCACGUGGUCCGCGCGCGGUCGCUGAUCUGCGCAUCGGGCAUGUCGACGUCGAGGGCGUAGACGGACGGGGCGUGCAGGAUGAGCCGCUGGGGCUCGAGGUCGAACGUCGCGAGCGGGAUGUGUGUGUGCGUGCACGGCGUGCACGGCGCGUGGGGCGGCUAGCGUGGACACGCACCAGAUUGGGCACCUUGAGGUCGUGCUCGCUCUUCGACCACGAGAUAUCAGACGGGCUACUGCCCGCGGUCACAGGGAGUAAGCGACGCAUCGAUGAGGAACGUCUUGAACGCAGGGCGCGGGCCUGGAGGGAGGAGUGGUAG